ACUUUGGGGGUUUUGCAGAGGACGGAGAGAAAGAACAAGAAGAGUCGAGGGGUAUCCUGCGAUGAGGGUCUUGGUCACAUACCAGAUGUCUAAUAAACAACUCCAAGCUUCCACAGACCUAUUCAUCAGACAGUUCAAGUGGCCCAGGAUUGUGGCUGUGGCAUCAGUCAUUGCAAUUUGUAUCUUCUACAUCGGGGUUUCCUGGCCUGACCACGCUGUCCCUCUGCCCCCAGGGCCCCGCCCUGCCCCCAGGUCUCCUGGCUCUCUCCCCCAGGGGUUCUCAGGCCUGACCCAUCUUCUGCACUGGCCUCUGACCCCAGGAGAUGGGGGGGACCUUCUGGCUUCCACCAGCCCCCAGACUUCCACCUACCACCUGAGGAGUCCUGCUCAGACCAGCUAUACCCUGGGAGACUACCUGGAGGCCAUCCUCAUCGCCAGAGACCACCAGGGCAGGCCCAAGGCCCAUGGUGGGGAUCUGUUUCGGGCACAGCUGCUGGGUCCUGACCUGAAGGCAGGUGUCCCCGGAGAUGUCACGGACCUGGAGAAUGGCACGUACCUGCUGACAUUCCCCCUGCUCUGGGCUGGGCAGGCCCAGGUGCAAGUGCGGCUGAUCCACUCCAGCGAGGCAGUUGGGGUUCUGCGGGGGAUCUGGAGAGACCAAUGGGCCACGGUUGAUUUCACGGGCUAUUUCCGGGGGCCCACGGGAUACGAAGAAACUGUGACUUGCAAUGUUAACCCCCUGUUAAUUGGGGAGGAAGAGGGCACCUGUCACUACAGGGAUGAAGAUUCAGGUGAGCUCUGGUUCUGUGCUCGACCUCCGACCCUGCCCUGUGACUCACUGGUAGGACAUUCAAGUGGACGCUACUGGAACGUGACCACACCACAUGAGGAGGCCCUGCUGGCACGGAAUGUGACAAACAAGACCCUCCCUCAGGGCAUUCCUCCAGUCUGGGUGGCCCAGGAGAACAACAGAAGUCUGGUCCUGUCGCCUGCGCAGCCCUGCCGCCCUGGGAUCCCAGCCCCGAGGCCCUCUGGAUUCUACCACCAAAGCGUGUGGCACUCACUCUCGUGCUCCAGCCGCUCCUUCUCCACCGCCGACAGCAUCCUGCGCUGCCUGGCUGGCCACGUCGUCCACAUGAUGGGGGACUCCACGGUCCGGCAGUGGUGGGAGUACCUGCGAGACACCGUGCCCGCCCUGAAGCCGGUGGAUCUACAUGCCACGUAUCACACGGGGCCGCUGAUGGCCGUGGACACCACCCGGGCCAUAGUGCUGCACUGGCGCACGCACAGCUGGCCCCUGCGUUCUCUUCGCACCCCUGUGGCUGCCCUGCACUCCGUGGUCCGGGAACUGGGGGGCCUGGCUGGGGGUCCCCACACUGUGGUGGUGCUGAGCCUGGGUGCCCACUUCACCACCUUCCCUCCGUCCAUCUUCGUGCAACGACUGGCAGGGGUCCGGGCUGCUGUGGCUGCGCUGCUUGCCCGGGAGCCUGGCACCCUGGUGGUCAUCAAACUGGCCAACACCGGCUACAAGUCCGUGUAUGGCAGCGACUGGUUCACCCUCCAGGUGAACCGGCUCCUCCGAGCUGCCUUUGUCAACCUCCGUGUGGCCUUUGUGGACGCUUGGGAAAUGACCUCCAGCCUGGCCCUGCCUGACAGCAUCCACCCGGGGAGGUGCAUCGUCCGAAACGAGGUGGACUUCCUGCUCUCCCAUGUCUGCCCCACCUGA